AUGAAUACCUCCCUUCCCUCCUGGAAGGAUCGCACCCAGAACCAGUUCGGCAAGCUUCAGAUCCAAGUACCAUGGCGCUCCAUCCAGCUGCUGGUGCCGCAUCGCAUGCGACGGAAGAUCCGCUCCAAGUUGCGCAGCAGGCUUUCUCCGACCUCCUCGAUAUCGUCUCUGCAGACUUCCUUCUCGCCCGUGGAUACCCUCCGGUCGCUCCAGAGCCAUCGGUGGACGCCCUAUGACUUCCAAUACCUGCUGCUGCUGAUCGUGGGGAUCUUCUCUCUGUGCAUGAUGGAAUCUCCCGGUCCUUUGGGGAAGACGGCCGCGUUUACCAUGCUUCUUAUCUCUCUCCUGCUUCCGAUCACCCGCCAAUUCUUUUUGCCGUUCCUCCCGAUCGCGGGGUGGCUGAUCUUUUUCUAUGCCUGCCAGUUCGUUCCAAGCGAUUGGCGCCCGGCCAUCUGGGUCCGCGUGCUUCCGGCCCUGGAAAACAUCCUGUACGGCGCCAACAUCAGCAACAUUCUGUCUGCUCAUCAGAACGUUGUUCUCGACGUGCUCGCAUGGCUACCAUAUGGCAUUUGCCAUUACGGUGCCCCGUUUGUCUGCUCCCUGAUCAUGUUCUUCUUCGGUCCUCCUGGCACGGUUCCCCUUUUCGCCCGGACGUUCGGGUACAUCAGCAUGACGGCUGUCACUAUUCAGCUGUUCUUCCCUUGCUCGCCUCCGUGGUAUGAGAACCUCUACGGCCUGGCACCGGCCGACUACUCGAUGCAGGGUAACCCCGCGGGCCUUGCUCGCAUCGACAAGCUCUUUGGCAUCGACCUGUACACCUCGGGCUUCAGACAAUCGCCUGUUGUGUUCGGUGCUUUCCCCUCGCUGCACGCCGCGGAUUCGACACUGGCCGCCUUGUUCAUGAGCCACGUCUUCCCGCGGCUGAAGCCUCUCUUUGUCACCUACACCCUUUGGAUGUGGUGGGCAACCAUGUACCUUUCGCACCACUAUGCAGUGGAUCUGGUCGGUGGUGGUCUGUUGGCCACCGUUGCCUUCUACUUCGCCAAGACCCGCUUCCUCCCGCGCGUUCAGAGCGACAAGAUGUUCCGCUGGGACUACGACUACGUUGAGAUCGGUGAUUCCGCUCGCCAGUACGGCUACGACCUGGUCGACUACGAUGGCGACUUCAACCUAGACAGUGACGAGUGGACGGUCGGAUCGUCAUCCUCGAUCUCGUCCGGCUCCCUCAGCCCCGUCGACGACCACUACACGUGGGAGGGCGAGUCGCUGGCCUCUCCCAUCACCGACAUCGAGUCCGGGAGACACGUGAUCAGCCCGUGA